CCAGACGAUAGCUUUGUAUGUACAACCUGCUCAGCGCCCAGGCGGAGGGUGAGGGAGAUGUUGCAAUAUCUGUCUAGAUCAGGUAGUCAUGGUAGAAGGCACGGGUUGAACCCCACCGGCGAGCGGCAGACUCGGCAACACCUCACGGCCAUGAGUUCCACCUACACCUAAAGACAUCACGAUGUUCCUCAGCGAUGAAGACGCGCUCGAAAUCAGUAUCGCAAACGGUGCGGACGUGCAGCCACUUGAUCUAAUCAUCCGGCGACCCUUAUUAUCGGCGAGCGGAAGCUCGGCCAGUAUUCCAUCGGGGACCCUUCUAUCGGAAUGCACCUUGGCCAGUACCCCAUAUACGACCCUUACUAUCGGCGAGUACCUCGGCCAAUACCCUACCAUCCGCAAGCGCCAACUGCGGCCACUAUUCAGUCGACGAGCACUUCGAGACCUACAUCCAGAAACCAAUGGAAAUGGCUUGCUCGGGAUGCAUCAAGGCAAAGGCACGCCGAGUGUUAGAUGCGAGUACCCUACGGUCGGCACUGACUAUGCACGUACCUACAAUAAGAGGAAGCGGUAUAUGCAGAAGAGCUGCAACUUGCAAGAACCACCACCACCACCACCACCACCACCACCACCAUCAGAGUUGCAGAAUGCAUCUGAAGCGCAGCCAACGCCGCUCCCUACAUUCCUGACAAGGCAGUGGAAGAUUGCAACGCAGCAACAGAGUCGGUCACCCGAGGCUCAACGCCUAAUGGGGUGCAAGUGGGUCUACAAGACGAAAAGGAAUCCCGACAGCUCUACCAGGUAUAAGCACAUAAUGGGUGGAAGAGCUGUCGGAUUCUGCAGAUCCGGUGAGCUACCGGGAGCUAUUGAGCACCCGAGACGCGGCCAUGACUGGUCUGGAGCAGUUGACGAGGAAUUCUGGCCGUUGGCCGAGAACUCAACAUGGGACUAUGUCCGGCUGGAAGACGUUUAGAAUUCGGAAGGGGACGGCGAUGGAAAUCAUGCCUGCAGACUGAGAAAGUCCUUCUACGGACUGGUUCAAGCUCCUCGCCUUUGGCAUCACUAUGUUUCAAUGCUUGCUGGUAGGCAGCAAGAGGGGAAGUGUUGCAAUAUCUGUCUAGAUUAGUCAUGGUAGAAGGCACGGGCCUUUACCCCCUAUUCCUAUAUAUCUUGGGUUCUCAC